UACACACUACGUAUUGACCAGCUCCCAUACGACACAAAAACCGCUGUGUGACCAUCACCUCCAAGCAAACUGUUUCGUGUUUGCCUACUCCGCGCGUCGCUCUGGGUGUCUCGUAGCAAUACAGAGCGGUUAAAUAGACAGUCAGCUCACUUGCUCGUCUUGAGGGAGGGAGACUGACAACGCUGUGGGACGAGCUUGGGGGAGACAUGGGGGCACAGAGGUUUAUAGGACUGGCAUCCAGGAAGUUUCGAAAGUAUCACGUGUACAUGACGACAGUGUUCGCUGUGACAACAUUCGUCCUCAGCUUCCGUGAAAUAUCCAGACUUGAACAGAUCCGGCGUAAAGGAUCAGCCAACCAGAUGGCUCCUAACGAGGGCGAGUUUACAGACAAUAAGCAGGCUUUGCUUUACGGAAAACCAGUUUUCAGAAAACAGUGGGUUGAAAGAAAUUUAAAGGGAAAAUUUGACGAUGUGAUCACACAAGCAAACAGUGUCGGCACGUCACCUGUUUAUAAUAGGACUUCUCUGAAGGUCAAGGGCGCGUGGAGAAAUGUCAAGGAUGUGCGCAGUGUUACAACAUUGUUACAUACUACACAGAAACCAAGCACCGUGAAAGAGAUUGUUUGGUUCAAUGCACCAGCAUGGAUUCAAAGACAAAAGGGUUCAGAAUUGUUUGGACGUUGUAAGUACAAGAUGUGUACAUUAUCAUACAAUCGUCACGAUCUCGCUGGAGCGGAUGUUGUGCUUGUUGAUGGAUUUAACCUACACAAGGGGGCGCCACCACCCAGAUCAGCCAAUCAAAUGUUUGCUCUCUUUUCCUUUGAACCACCAACAUAUUUGACAAUACCUUCCGAAUGGAAAGACGCUUUCAACUGGACAAUAACCUAUCGUCCAGAUUCGGAUGUGUGGAGGCCUUAUGGAAUGGUACGGAAAAGGACAUCCGGUUUGAAAGGGAAAAACUAUGAAAAGUUGGUAAAAGAAAAAACGAACAGUGUUGCAUGGUUCGUUAGUCGCUGUGCUUCACACAGCCAAAGAGAAAAAUACGUCAAAGAACUGCAGAGGUACAUCGAUAUAGAUGUGUUUGGAAGGUGUGGUGAUAGAAAGUGCGUCAAGGACUGCUAUGAAAAGUUAAAAUCCUAUAAAUUUUAUCUUGCAUUUGAAAAUUCCUUUUGUGAGAAUUAUGUGACUGAGAAAUUCUUCAAAACACUUCUGCAAGAUGUGAUUCCAGUGGUGCGUGGUGGCCCAAAUUACAAGAAUCUAUUUGGAGGCGGUUAUAUCAUAGACUCAAAAGAUUUUGCAAACAUAAGAGAGCUAGGAUAUUAUUUGAACUUUCUUUUAAACAAUGAUAAAGCCUAUAUAGAACUUUUGAAAGCAAAAGAUAAGCGUCGGGUGUAUUUUCCAUUACCCUGGUGUGGUCUGUGUGAAAAGGUACACAGACCUUUAGUGAAGCAAACAUAUUCAGACAUCAACCUGUGGUUGUCCAAAGAAAAAUGUCAUUUACCAAAUGACAUAAUAAAAUAAAUCAUAUUUUUAUUUUA